AGUGCCUUCUGAAAACAGUUCUGGGGUUCAACAGGAGAUUAAAAAAAUGGUCUAAAAAUAAGUAUUAAGAUGUGCAGUAAAAGUGACAGUAAUGCCUUCUGCUUUUGUAAGCAGAUCAAGGUAAUACAUUUCCUGCUUUUGCCUUUGAGGUGUUCUGUCUGCUGAUCAAUCUAGAGGAAAAUGGCUGCGUUUUUGCUUUACUAAUCCAGCAGAUAAGUUACCAUAUAUUUAACAGAAUUUGGUAAGGCAUUCACUGCGUGUACAACGUCAUACUGCUGUUCACUGUUGGCUGAUGUGCUCAGAUAUCUGAUGUUGCAGAUAUUUAACUUGUACUCCAAAAAUUCUCAAGUGACCCUUUCAAAUACUUAGCUCUUCAAGAGUAAUCUUAUGAUAAUGGCAGUCAUGACAAUAUCUCCAAAUUUGUAUCAAACAUUAUUUGAAGUUGGAUGAACUAAGAUGUGUAUUAAUUCAGAAUCUUUGUUAUAUCUCUCAUACAUGGGUUUUUGAUGCUUUGGUGUAGAAACACGCCAAAUUAUCUCACAAGUCUAGAGAGAUCAGUCAGUACAGGACUGUGUAAAUAAGAGAAAUAAGUACUGCUUUACCUGAGGAAUUUCUGUACUUGUUGCAGCUUUUAAAUGAAGAAUUCUGAGAAUUCUCUGAGGCAAUCUCCUACUGCAUUGUUUCUUGUUAGAAAUAGAUUGGAAACCUUCCUCCACUUCUAGUCUGAGGACACAAUAUCACUUAGUGUAAUCAGUCAUAAAUGACUGAGUCAGAUGAGGUAAGGUGUGGGAUUUUUUGUUUGUUUUAAUUCACUUUGAGGAAAUACAAGGGAAAAUUUGAAAUGACUGUGAAACAAAUCCUUUCAAAGACCUCACAUUUAAUUGAUUUAAACAGUGAUCCCUUCUUUGCCAAAUCAUGCCCUUGAAUCUUUCAAUUUUAAUAAUGUCGGUAACAACAAGAAUAAAUGUAAUUUGUUUUUUGAAUAUGAUUAUUUUCCAAGCUGUGUAAAAACGUAUUUGUUCUAUGUAAAACAAGCUUUUAAAAUCUUUGGGAAAAUAACUUUGCAUGGUAGCGUGCUUAGAGCUGGGGAACAGAAAUAAUACAAGCAGACUGUUAUUUUAGAUAGCUUAAUAAAGCAAGCUAAUGGCAACUCCAUGAAGAAAUAAAACGAUAUAUUGCAGUUGAGGUUUAUCUCUGCAUUUUGGGUGUUGGUGGGUAACUUGAGCGUACACUUGAGGCUCAUGCCUUCAAUUUAUGCUUGCAACCUAUUGUUGCAUGUAUAAAAAUAAAAAUGAUUGCCACUGCUUUGUUGGUCUACUUUUGUAUCAAUUUAAUGUACUUGAUGAUUUUCCAGUAUGAACAUGCUAUUUUCCCUAGUUCAGCAUCUGUCGUUGUGAACCCUACUUGGCGUGAAUGCUGUACUCAAAAACAUAGAUGGAAUCUCCUGGAAUGAAAGAAAAAAUGGAUGUGCCAGCAGUCUGCAGUCAAGAUAAUGGUUUAUCUCAUGUUCUGACUCUAGUGCUACAAGAACUGAGUUUGCUCUGUAAAAGAGAUGUCAAUGGUGUUGGCAUGUUAUAUGACCUGCUCAGAUCUCGCUGGCUGCAAGCACUUUUAAAGAUCUAUGAAUGUCUCCAAAACUACCUUGGAAAAAGACCAGUUCCUGUCAUGCUGCAGGCACACGCAUUGAAUCGUGAGGUGGUAGAAUUACUGCAUGAAGCCCCUCCAUCUGGAGAGAUCAAAGAGCUAAGGCGAUUGCUGAGGGCUCCUCACUUUAGGGCCUUGCUAUCUGCUCAUGAUACUGUGGCCCAGAAAGAUUUUGAACCAACACUUCCACCACUGCCAGACAACAUACCUGAAAAUGAGGAAGCCAUGAGGAUUGUCUGCUUAGUGAAAAACAACCAACCUCUGGGUGCCACUAUUAAACGCCACGAGAUAACAGGUGACAUAACAGUUGCCCGUGUGAUCCAUGGUGGGCUAGCAGACAGAAGUGGGUUGCUGUAUGCUGGAGACAAACUAGUGGAAGUAAAUGGAGUUUCUGUUGAUGGACUUGAACCUGAACAAGUUAUUAAUAUUCUGGCUCUUUCUCAAGGGACAAUUAUGUUUAAGUUGAUUCCAGUUUCUGAUCGUCCUGUCAGCAACCAAACAACACUGUAUGUGCGAGCAAUGGCAGAUUACUGGCCAUUACAAGAUCCUGCCAUACCAUGUGCUGAUGCAGGUUUGCCUUUUAAGAAAGGCGAAAUACUCCAGAUUGUGGACCAGAAUGACGCUUUGUGGUGGCAGGCCAGGAAAGUAUCAGAUCUCAGUGCCUGUGCUGGACUUAUACCCUCAAACCAUCUUCUUAAAAGGAAGCAGCGAGAAUUCUGGUGGUCUCAGCCCUUCCAGCCCCACCUCUGUCUCAAGUCAUCAAUGUUAAGCACUGUGGAAGAAGAGGAUGACAUGCAGAUUGAUGAGAAGUGUGUGGAAACAGAUGAAGAAACAUUUGAGUCUGAGGAGCUUAAAGAAGAAGAAGAAGAAUUUGGUGAAUUUGGUCAACGAGUCUUCAUUGCUGGUUUCCGCAGAAGUAUGCGCCUGUGUCGCAGGAAGUCCCGGGCCAACCAGCAGUCAUGUUGUGCUCGGUGCCCUAGCAGCUGCUACAGCACUUUUGCAGCUCCAUAUGAGGAGGUGGUUAGGUACCAGCGGCACCCGGCAGAUCGGAACAGACUAAUUGUACUAGUGGGUCCUGCAGGAGUGGGUGUGAAUGAGCUAAGGCGAAGGCUUAUUGCAAGCAACCCACAAGAGUUUCAAAGUGCUGUGCCUCACACCACUCGUGUUCAGAAGAGUUAUGAAAUGAAUGGUCGUGAAUAUCACUAUGUAUCAAAGGAAACUUUUGAAAACAUGGUGUAUAGCCACAGAAUGCUGGAAUAUGGGGAAUACAAAGGGUACCUGUAUGGCACCAGCAUUGAUGCAGUAAGAACAGUCCUUGAUGAAGGGAAGAUCUGCGUAAUAGAUUUGGAACCACAGGGCAUCCAAAUAGCUCGGACUCAUGAAUUAAAGCCCUAUAUUAUAUUCAUCAAGCCAUCCAGCAUAAGCUGCAUGAGGCAAACUCGUAAAAAUGCCAGAAUCAUUACAGAUUAUUAUGUGAACAUGAAAUUCAAGGAAGAAGAUCUACAGGAGAUGGAGGAUUCUGCUAAGAAAAUGGAAGCUCAGUUUGGUCAGUUCUUUGAUCAAGUGAUUGUGAAUGACAGCUUACAAGAAGCAUCUGCACAACUGCUGUCUGCAGUCCAUCAUGCACAGGACGAGCCCCAGUGGGUCCCCGCAAUAUGGAUAUGCUCAGAUACUCAGACAUAAUUCAGAGUGACAGGCAGCUCCAUGAAGAUUACAGAUUAUGUUUUACUUCAAGAAUAAUCCUAAUGUCAGGAUUGUGAGAAUUUAUCUUUGUAUGCAAGGGAUUUGGAAGAGGAUUAGAAAAGAAGCUGCUAUAGAAGAUAUAAUCACACUAUGUUCUGUGUAGCUGUUCAGCUUUUAUGCUACAAUUGCAUCCAUUUUUUGUAUAAAAAAGGAAACACUGUAAGCUCUCCAUUACAAGAAUAAAUAAAAAUCUAUUUUGUUGCAUGUA